GCUAGUUAUCCAAUUGACAGUGCCCCCGUCUGACAUAGUUCAGUCGGUGGCGAACUCAGGAUCAUCUGACAGCUCCAACCAACUAUUGUUUUGUUGUUUGUUUUUUUUAUCCCACUGUGUCGUUGUUUUUAUAUUUUUUUUUCCAGUAAUUAAUAAUCGUCAUCAACAUUUAAUGUUUAUUGUAAUUCAUCAUUCUCCAAUCACACGCGAUUUAUUGUGCUGGCAGUGUGGGAUUCAAGUUGAUUUGAAUAGAGUUUACACAGGCGGGAAAAAAUUUUGCCGCGUAGUUCAAGCUCUGAUAUAAAAAAAAUAUUAUUCCUGCCGAUUGUUUGUUGACUGGAUUUGUUUUUUCUCAUUUUUUUUUUUUAAACAGCCUGCAUAUAUCAUUUAUUUGUGAUUAUUUGUUUUCAUAAAAAAUAUCGGCGGUUAAUUUAAAAUACAAACUCAGUUGUGGUUGCACACUUGGAGUGCUCGGAACAAGUGUCUGGUGUUAAAUAUUAUUGAAAUUAAUAUUUAUUUAAAUUGAAAUGUGGAUGAAAAAUGUUUGAAAUGGCUGCUGACCUUUGCAAUGAAGUUCUGAGAUCACCCAAUAGAAUUGUAAGCAAAAUGCGACACCGUAAAAAUGAAUUGGUUACUAAGGAUUUUGAUAUUUCAAAUUCGGGGUCAGAUGAACAGUUAAAGUUUCAAGACACUGGAUUUUUUACCAACUUUGUUCUCGGCAAAAAUAGGUUUAUUUCUCCCGAGGUAAUACCGUCUUGUUCGCCAGGAAUCUUCCGCCAGAAAUCAUUUCGUUCGUCAUCAGAAACUGAAGUACCUCAGAUACCAUCAUCACCCGUGUCCCAAUCACCAGGUAAUCAUCAUCAGUGCAGUCACAUUUCAAGCAAAAUUGACUCCUCGACACCCGGUACCAUCAAUACUCACCACUCUGAUAAUAAUAAAAAUUAUAAAAAUAAUAACAACAACAACAAUAAUAAUAAUAAUAAUAAUAAUAUUAAUAAUAAUAAUAAUAAUAAAAAUAAUACCAGUGCAAAUAAUAAUAAAAAUAACAGCAGUGGUACUCGUGGUAGUGGUAGCAACUCCACGUUGAGUGGUGGAGGUGGUUUUCGUAAUUGGGGAUUGAAAAACACCGGCAAGCAUUCACGUCUUACUACGGUCCUGUCAAAUAAAAUGGCGUCGACGAGCACCACAGCGGUUGUACAGGGCUGGCCAAAUACCAAAGACGAUUAUGAAUUAAAAGAGGUUAUAGGUGUUGGUGCAACGGCCGUCGUACAUGCAGCAUUUUGUAUCCCACGUCAAGAAAAGUGUGCGAUAAAACGCAUUAAUUUAGAAAAAUGGAAUACGAGCAUGGACGAGUUGCUCAAAGAAAUCCAGGCGAUGUCGUCCUGCAACCACGAAAACGUGGUGACCUAUUACACGUCAUUUGUCGUAAAAGAGGAACUCUGGUUGGUUUUGCGACUACUUGAAGGCGGCUCGCUUCUGGAUAUCAUAAAACACAAGACCAGGACAACUAAUUGUAAACACGGAGUGUUUGACGAGGCCACAAUAGCGACAGUACUUCGGGAAGUCCUCAAAGGCCUUGAGUAUUUUCACAGUAAUGGACAAAUACACAGGGAUAUAAAAGCCGGUAAUAUUUUACUGGGGGAAGACGGGACUGUUCAGAUUGCGGAUUUCGGUGUCAGCGCCUGGUUAGCAACCGGACGUGAUUUGAGCAGACAAAAAGUCCGGCAUACUUUUGUCGGUACUCCUUGUUGGAUGGCACCGGAAGUCAUGGAGCAGGUGAGAGAGGAUCACGGUUACGAUUUCAAAGCUGACAUAUGGUCGCUUGGUAUUACUGCGAUUGAAAUGGCGAGUGGUACUGCUCCUUAUCACAAGUAUCCGCCAAUGAAAGUGCUUAUGCUGACGCUACAAAAUGACCCGCCGACGUUGGACACCGCUGCUGAUGAGAAAGAUCAAUACAAAGCUUAUGGCAAAACAUUUCGCAAGAUGAUCGUUGAUUGUUUGCAGAAAGAUCCUACUAGGAGGCCGUCUGCAACAGAACUGCUGAAGCACCCAUUCUUCAAAAAAGCUAAAGAUAAAAAGUACUUGCAGCAAACACUUGUUGCCAUUGGUCCCAGCCUUGAGACUCGUGUACAAAAGGCGUCUAAACGACAACCGGGAACGUCUGGUCGUUUGCACAGAACGGUGACAGGCGAGUGGGUAUGGUCGUCAGAGGAAGAGGACAGCGGGGCAUCAAGUGGCGACGAGGGUAAAGAAACCUUACCUGUUAAUACUAUUGACAACGUUAGCAGUGAAGAAGAGGCUGCUGACCAAGAAGAUUCUGAGGGUCAAGUACGAGCAGCCAUGAGUCGCGUUGCUAUUCAGUCGGCCGAACAAAAUAUUCCCAUCAAUCUUGUUCUCAGAUUACGGAAUCAAAAGCGCGAAUUAAACGACAUAAGAUUUGAAUUUGCUGUUGGUGUUGACUCUGCAGAAGGUAUUGCUGCUGAAUUAGUCGGAGCUGGUCUAGUCGAUGGUAAAGACAUAGUUGUGAUAGCAGCUAAUUUACAGAAACUUAUUGACAGCGCUGGACAACUACGUACAGUAACAUUUUCAUUGAAUUCUGGUCAUGCUCCCAAUGAAAUUCCUGAUGAUAAAGCAUUGAUCGGAUUUGCUCAGAUUUCAAUAACAGAUUAGGUCAAUUAUUAUUUAACAUUUAUUGAUUAUUAUUUUAAAAAUAUUCUGAUAACUCAGGAUACCGUUUUACGCGCUAGCAAUCAUUGAUACAAAAUUAAACUUUUAUUUUUACCAAUUAAAUAUAUAAAUAAAUAUAAAAAAAAAUUCUAAUGAAAAUGGGAAUCGAGAGAGAUGAAAAAUAAAUAUUAAUAAUGAUUAUAAAGCGUUUAAAUAUUAAAGACUCAAUUACUGUUGGUAAUUAAAUAAAAUAAAUAAAAACUGCUCAGAUGUACUAAACAUCGUCGCCAGUGUUUUUAAAUAUUUAAAUAUGCGUCGACGCAUAUAAUAAAUUAUCAAUAAAUUAUAAUAUAGUAUACGGAUAAAUUGUAAAUGGAUUUAAAAGGUGGUCCGAUAAAUGGUACAUUAUUAUUUCGCAUUUGCAAAGUUUAAAUUUAUAUUAUUUAUUCACACAGUGGAGUAAAUAAUAGUAUUUAAUCUAAUUAAUUUUAAAAACAUUUAUAUUGUAUGUUAAUUUAUGUAAAUACUAGACAUUUAUUUCUGAUAAUCAUUCUCUGGAUUUAUUUUUAAAAUUAUAGCGAGGCAUUAUGAAUUUAAAUAACAACACAAAAAUAAUAUUUAUUAUUAUUUAAUAAAGAUAAGUUUAUUAUUAAUUUUUAACGGCGUCGCCUUUUGAUGUUGGUCAUAUAUUUUAAAAUGUUUAAUUUCAAACUAAAAUAAUUUCAAGCGCGAAAUAAUUAUAAAAUAUAAAUAAUUAAAUAACAAAAGUAUAUUUCACGCUUAAAUGCCUUAGCAUUUAGAUAAAAAAUCACGAGAGUACUAAAAUUAAAUAAAUUCUUUUGUACUUAAAAAAAAAAAA